UGGAAGCAAAGAUGCACCAGACGAUCCGCGGGAGCCGAAGUAGCAAAUUUGUUUUUAUGCAUGUAACCAAUCAAAACACGCCACUUGUCCUGCAUUACAUAUACAAGCAGAGAAGUGUGGAGCGGAGACUCGGACUGAAUAUUUUAUUAUUUCUUGGUUCUCGUGCAUUAUUGUCUUUGUAAUCGGACGGACCUUGUGAUCCCGAAUUCUGGGUGGAUUUCAGAGCGUCCGAUGGGAGGAAUGAGUAGGAUAUUUAAUGGCGCGGGAGCGUUUUGCCGUCAAGCACCGGCGGAAGAACUCCGUCUUCUCCCAGCUUUCGGACAUCAAAAAUCACACAAGGAUAUAAUUGGGUUUUCAGCUAUUCUGUUUCUUGCGGGACAAGAUUUAUGAAUAAACAAAUGUUUUGGAUUUAAAUUCUUGUUUCCGUCACUUCUCACAAGUUCUUUCAAGAGUUGCACAGCUGUUCGGAGAGUUGCUAAUGGCGGGGGUUUCACUGUAGAGGGAGCCUCCUGAGCGCUGGAAGGGUUUAAUUUUUGUUAAAUAUUAGCCUCCCUUGCACUGGAAGGGUUUAAUUUGGUUAAAUAUUUCUUCUUUUGCCCUGAGAUCGCUAUGACUUUCAGCCUUUCCCGAUGGCUGUGGCGAAAGCGAGAUUCGAAACUCCGACCUGCUGCUUCUCCCGCUUUGGCGGAGCGGCGGCGGCAGGAGGAAGAUGUGGCGGGGACAUCGGGGAGGAGGAGUAGGAAGAGUAAGGGGGGAAAAGGAGCAGGGCGUGAUUCCAAGGCUCCGACUGAUCCAGAAUUUAACGGCGUGAUUGUGCCGGUGGACGGGGUUUGUAUGUCGGAUUCGGAGGAUUCCGGGGAUUCGGAUUGGUCAAUCGGGUGGUUCGAACACCAAUCCUCUGAGUUCUCCACUGAAACAGAGUCGGAGAGAAGUUUUGCAGUUUUGAUCCCCUGCUAUGGUCUCGGGGCGCUUCCUAAAGAUCCUCGGAAAAAGAAGGAGAAGGUUAAUGAUUCUGCCCGGCAUGAUGAUCCUCAGGGGCAGCUGUUAAAUGCAGUUCUCUCUACCAGUCCUUCUCAAGAUAACCAGAAGUAUCUACAGCAAUGGCUGGACUCUCAGAAGAACUACUGAAAACAGGGGGCUUGAAAUGUGCGUUUGCUACUGUGUUAGGGUUGUGAUAGGGUUUCUUCUUUGAGUGUAUCAGCUGCAAUAUAGGGUUUUCUUCGUCUGUACAUAUAUAAAAUAUGUAAAUAUCGGCUUUUAGGGAUUGGAGCAGCUCUGGAAUUAGAGCCAUAACUAGAAAACGAGAAAAAAAAUUUCUCUUUUUUUUUGAAGGACUACUUUUUGUAUAUAGAAUGAUUGAUGAUUGGUAGUGUACAUAUAACAGGCUCCCCGGCCUCCAAAUUGCUUAACAAAUUCUUGUCAGGGAAAGCUUUCCUGGAUCAAUUAUUUUUUAUUAAAUCAAUAUAUUUGUCUCCUUUUGAUGGGAGCUUCGGUGUG